GUCAUGGCUGUGAAAGGGCCCGCGCCGGCCGCGGUCCGCUUCCAGCAAGCUUCGUGCUUCCCGAUCGUAGAUUAGUUUGAAUCUGAACCGCAGCCAAGAGAGUCGCCCAGUGCAUUCACCUACCGCUUUUAUUCUUAUCCAUUCCAGUUUUAAACCAAAUCAAAAUGCCGAUCGACUUAUACUAUGUUCCCGGAAGCGCACCUUGCCGUGGUGUGCAGCUCGCUGCCGCACUGGUCGGAGUUGAGCUUAACUUGAAGCACACAGACCUGAUGAAGGGAGAACAUAUGACUCCAGAAUUCAUAAAAAUGAACCCACAACACACAGUUCCUACCAUUGAUGACAAUGGAUUCUACCUCCAUGAAAGCCGAGCCAUCAUCACUUACUUAUUUAACAAAUAUGGCAAGGAAGACUCUCAAUACCCUAAGGAUGCCGAAAAACGAGCAAUUGUAGACCAAAGAUUGUACUUCGAUAUGGGAACACUCUACCAGCGGUUCGGUGACUACUUCUACCCGACCAUUUUUGGAGGACAACCAGCUGACCCAGAGAAGUUGAAGAAAUUGGAGGAAGCUUUAGGAUAUUUCGACAAGAUGUUGGAGGGAUCAGAAUACGCCGCUGGCAGUUCCAUCACUUUGGCCGAUGCCUCUUUGGCUGCAUCUAUCUCAACUAUCGAUGUUGUUGGCAUUGUUGAUCUCAGCAAAUACCAGAACAUUACCAGCUGGUUCAACAAAUGUAAGGCUGCACUGCCCGAUUACGAGGAAGCAAACAACAAAGGUGCUCUUGCUUUCAAAGCAUUGGCUGACCACUUAUCUAAGAAAGCAUAAGAUAUUCUCUCAAGUUCCCACCUGUAAAUUAAUUGAGUCUCUCUAAUGAUUAUUUCUGCGGAAUUUCAGAAUUUUGAUUUUUCGAUUUGUUGAGUAUUUUUUUCUCGUGAAAAUUUUUUACAUGAUGUUUCUGAAAGUUCAAAUUUUAAAAUGUUUUUUUCUGAGUAGCGAAACAACUAUUUAUUUAUUUUCAUUUCCAAAACUCAAGUUAACGAGGAACCAAAAUCUUUCUGCGUGUGUUCUCUUUAUUCACUACAUUCAUAAUUUCUAUUAAAUAUUAUCUCACUCAGUAUUUUUGCUUGUAAACCAAAUGGGUAUAAUUUAUAUAUUGUGCGACAAUAUGAAUUGUUAAAAUCGUAUACAACUUUUUUACCAUCUGGUUCUUUUAAUUUUUUAAUAAAAUAUUUUAGCGCGGUA